AUGUUUAUGAGUGGAGGCAAGAUCCACCUCAUUGGGCUGGGGCCGGGAGACCGCGCACUACUGACGCCUGCCGCUGCGGGUGCCCUGGAGCGCUGCGAUGUCGUGGUGGGCUAUGACGGCUAUAUAGAGCAGGUGCGCGACCUUGUGGAAGGCAAGCAGGUCGUCUCAAUGCCACUGGGCAAGGAGAUGGAGCGCGCCGCCAAAGCUGCCGAACUUGCAAGCGCUGGCAUGUCGGUUGGCGUCAUUUCGUCCGGCGACAUCGGCGUGUAUGGCAUGGCGGGACCUGUGUUCGAGCAUCUUGCCGCAAAUGGCUGGGACGGUGAGCAUCCGAAAGUCGAGGUUGUGCCCGCGGUGUCUGCGGCGCAGGCUGCGGCAUCCGUGCUGGGCGCGCCGCUGAUGCAAGACUUCUGCGCGAUUAGCCUGAGCGACCUGAUGACACCGUGGGAGACGAUACGCAACGGCUGGACGCGGCGGCGUAUGGCGACUUCGUGA